CUAUGUAUUUUGUGGACGUUAACACAAACUUUAGUAAUCACCGUAGCUGUUUUUAAAUAUUAAAUUCCAAAAUAAGAAACCAGACGUCUCCUCUGCGGGUUUGAUUUUCUGUUUUUAACUUAUUUUCUUUACAUUUUUUUAUAUUUGUUUAUAUGUUGUCAUGGAAACGUCCUGAACUACAGUGUACUCCACUGUCUGUUCAUAGCAGGGGCUGCCUCCUCAAACACGUCAGAUAUUGAAUCAUCGACCGGCUCAGGAUGAAGGAUCAACACCUGCUCACAGUGUUACAUCAGACUCUGUCCAGGUGACUCCUCCUCCUCCUCCAGCAUGGCGUCCAAUGAUUCUCCUCCCGGUGAGAAUGAGGAGAAGGUGAAGAGGAGGAAGGAGGUGAGGAAGAAGGAGGUUCAGGUGGAGGACAUCGAUGAGUUAACGUCGGCCGGUCACAGAGCUCUGCAGGAGGGACGGAGCGCCGACGCCAUGAGCUGCUUCAACACUGCGCUGCAGGCUGCACGACAGCUAGAGGGCAGGCGGGUCCAGCGAGCCUGUUCCUUUAACCUCGGAGCUGCCUAUGUGGAGGCCGGACAGCCACAGGAAGGUCUGGACUUCCUGCGGCAAGCUCAGCCUGGUCCAAGAGCCGACCGACUUCCAGACCUCCAGUUCAACCUGGGCUUGGCCCACAAUGCACUGGGGCAGAACAAAGAGGCUGCCAUCUACUUUCUGCAGGCGGCUCAGCUGUACAGGUCGCAGGGAGACGGACGCAGCGAGGGCGACACCUGCAUGGAGCUGAGCCGCUGCUACAGCCGAGUACAGGACUGGUCUCUGGCAGUUCAGGGUUUCCUGCGGGCUGCAGAGAGUUACAGAGUGGCAUCCAUGUUGGAUUCUGCAGCUGAUGCCCUCAAAGAGGCAGGAAGUCACAUGAUCCAAUCAGAUCAGUUCAACCAUGGUGACAUCGUCAGCGUAUUAACCGAGUGUCUGAGUUUGACGGAGAACAUCACUGACACAGGGAUUCUGGGUGAGCUGUUCCUGUCAGUGGGCGUGUCUUACUGCCGGCUCAGGUGUUUCCAGGAGGCUGUGCAGUGUUUCCGUCAGGCUCUCAGCCCCUCAGCUCAGCGUCCCCCCCUGCUGGCCAAAGUCUUACACAACCUGGGAGCAGCUCUGAACUCUGAGGGCCAAUUAACACCUGCUGUGACCUACCACAGGCUAGCUGCUGGACUGUACGGCUCUCUGGGUUGCCGUGGUGACCAGGCCCGUUGUUUCAGUAACUUGGCGUUGACCUGCAGUCAGCUGGGUGAUGAAGAGGAGGCAGCAGAGAGCUUCAUUCUUGCUCUGCAGGGAUUCAGAGACACCGAGGACCACCUGGCUGAGGUUCAGGUGUGUGAGUCGUUAGCAGAGUGUUACCUGAGGCAGAGGAAGCAGCAGAAAGCUGUUCAGCUCUACAAACAGGCUCUGAGCGCCCUGACUCACUGCCAGGACACCUCUGGUCAUGUCCGAGAUCGUCUGGUAGAACGUCUGACCGCAGCUCUUCAGCAGGAUCUGUUCACUCAGAGGCCACGCCCACUCAGACCGCACUCACACAACACACCUGUCGGACAUCUUGUCAGGACGAGUGAUGUCACACAGAGUCCAGAGCGAGUGUCCAAUCAGCAACUAAUCCAUCAGAGUAGGGAGGGGCCAGGGCAGGAAGCAGCAGAGCAUUAUGAGUCAUCAGGGGGCGGAGCCACUGACAAACCUGACUACAUGAGCAUGGUACCUAAACCUCCCAGUUCAGACAGGAACGACCCCCCGCACCACAGUGAGGCGUGGUCAGACAGGGAGGACCCGCCCACUGAAAGGUAUCACCUGACACCUGUCAAUCAAUCACACAAAGACUGUAGCUUUUACCUGCUUGUUUGUUUUCUUUCAGUGAAACCUCAUUGGCCCAGGAGCCACAGGCCCCGCCCUCCAUCAGAAAGGCCACACCUCCUGUAGGCAGGUGGAGGUCUGGCUUCUGUUCAGUGAUGUAGA